AUGAGCACCGAGGAAAUGGAUGUGGAAAUGGCGGGGGAUGUGCCGCCCGAGGGCCAUGUUGAAGGUUCUGAAGACGAGAGCGAGCCGGAGGCGCCGACGGAGCUCAUGGUCAAGACGAGGGCGCGCAGAGCCAAUGCCGGCAACCGCAUGUCCACGCUCCUUGCUAAAGCCGAGGAGGAAGAGGAAUGGGGCGAGGAGUGGGAGGAAGCUCCAAACGAGGAGGAGUUUCAGGGCGGCGAUGUUAAUGAGCAGGAAGACUAUAACAUGGAUUCGUCGUCCUCGGAGGAGGGAGACGAUGACGGCGACGAAGACGAUGCAGGCGAAAGGGAACUGCGCAAAGCAGAGCGUCAAGAACGAAACAAGAAGCGCAAAGCCGUGACAAAUCCCUUCGCAGCUCGAGUCGCAGCUGUCACCCGGAAAAAAGUCAAGCUCGACCUGCUCCGCGCGCAGUCACCGAUAGACGCCCCUCCGCGACCGAAGAAGAAGUCCGAGCGAGCUUCAUGGCUACCGACCGAAGAGGAUGGUCCUGUUCGGGCGUCCGCAAGGACACAGACAGUGGCGAACAAGGAAGCGACGCUCUCCAAGCUCUUGGAGAAGGACCGCCGCCGCGAUGAUACCCUAGCCAUGAUGAAGGCUGCUGAGGCGCGGAAGAAAAAGGACGAGCCGAAGCCGUUGACCCAGGCAGAACGCCUCGCUGAGUGCGCGCGAAACGAGAGGAUCAAUAAGAAGACGCUGCACAGGUGGGAGGAGGCGGAGGAGGCAAGAGCGGCGGAGCGACAAGCCAAGAUCGAUGCUAUGAAGAAUCGCCAGAUGCAGGGUCCGUACAUACGAUACUACAGUGGCCCCGCAAUAUGGGUAGACGAUAAGCUGAAAUACACGGGCAAGGAUGCGCCCACUCUGGAGCAUCUGGAAGAAAAGCUCAACAAGGAGCCAUCUGCUGCCAUCCCACAGCAGCCAGAAGAUGGUUCAAACAAGCCGACAUUCGAGGGCCCGCAGAAUCAGCCUGAACACUCCGUACCUGGUGAAGCAGGGCCUGUCAACGGCACCCCGAACGACCAGCAGCAGCCGACACAAGACACUCCGAGCUUCAUUCAACCGACUGCAAGCGUCGCACAUAUGCCAUCCAUUCCGACAUCACUAUCACAGCAACAACAGCCAUCACAAGUGCCGUGGACAGCUGCAUCACAAGUUUCUGGCGGCGAUGUCUUCAUGGGGUCUCACGGCAUGCCAUAUCCGAACAGCAUAAUGUUUGCGCCACCUAGUCAAGACUCGUUCCUCUUUGGCAUCGACCAGUACGCUCAGGGCCAGCAAACACAAGAUACCCCCUCCGAUCUCCCUCCAAACCCCUUCACACAAGCCUCGCCCUACAACUCCCAAUACACCACCUCUCAGCCUGCAUUCCCUCAACAACAGUACCCUACGGACGGCGCCAUCGGCCCCCAAACCCUACUCCAGCAAUUCCAACAAGGCCCGCCCAUGCCCCCGGCCCCUCCCCGCAAGAAAGCCAUCAAACGCGCCCUCCGCAACCUCCUCAUCCUCUCCUCCUUCCCCAACCUUGACAUACCCCCAACUCGCGUCCGCGGCUCUGCCUCGCUCCUCAAAGACAAAGACCGCGCCGCCCUCAUCCAGCUCAGCAUGACCCUCUUCUCCUGGUCCCUCGCCGACGCCACAGCCUUCGUCACAAACCAGUUGUCCCACUCGUCCUCCAAGACCACGUCGAAGAAAGCCCAGGCUGAGCGCGACGCUGCCCUCAAGCCUGUGAAGCCGCUGUGUGCAGUCACGAAUGCCAUUGCGCGUUAUCGCGAUCCGGAAACGGGGAUUGCGUAUCGCGAUGCCCGGGCCUUUGGUGUCUUGAGAGGUGUCGUGGGCGGUGGGUUUGUGUGGUCGGGCGAUCUAGGGUGUUAUGUGGGCGGCAGAGCGAAGCCGUUGGAGAGUAUGGGAGGUAAAGGGUUUCUGGGUAUGCCGCCGGCGAAGGGUGUGCCGAGGCGGUUUUUGGAAAUGCAGAAGAAGGUUGUGGCGCCGCCGGUGGUGCAGACAGCUGCGCCGGGAGCCGUGGACGGAGCGCAGCAGACACCCACUGCUGAUGGGGAAGGUGUAGCUGCGCCAGAGGCGAUGGAAGAUGUGCAACAGGGAACGGAGGCGGUCAAGAAGGAGGCUGCUGUUCCGACUUAA